AUGUUAGCACUGACUCGAUGCAAGCAAAAUGAGUUUGAUACUCUUAGCGGGGGCCAAUUAGUUGUUGAACAAUUUAUCAAGGAUCAUCCAUAUAUCAAAAAGUUGAUUAAGCGGUCAGAUAAUGCCAGCGUACUUGGAGGACAUUCAACAGCUGAAGCAGAAAAAAUUCUACACGAGCAAGUGGGCAUUACAUUAUUAGAACGCAAUUAUUCUGAAGUUCAGCAUGAAAGGGAUAUAUGUGAUCGUUUGGCUGGUGCAGCAAAAAUGCGACUUAAAUCUUAUGUGAAUUCUGGUAAUAAUGUUUUGACUGUUCAUGAUAUUAAACGUGGCUUUGAUUAUUGUGGUGGUAUUAAAAAUACCCGCGUUGCUGUCGCUGAAGUUGAUAAAAGAUUAAAAGCAUUAGAAAAGUCACACAUACCAGAAAUAAGCUCAAUACGAAGUGUUGAAAAUGAAAAAGAUGAUAUGAUCAUUAGAAAAGCAUCCAAUGUUGGGAAAGGAUUCAAAGUACCGUUUCGGAAUCUGCAAAUUCAGCAGAUUAUGAAAAUCAUUGAAUCAUUUAAUUCUCUUCAAUAUAGCAAACAACAACAUACUACAUCAAACAGUCAACGUAAAGAUCGUCGUUGCAAUGUUUUUUAUUUUUGUAAUAACAAUGCAUACACUAGCGUGUUUGAAAAUGAAGAUGAUCUAUUAAGCCACAUUGCAAGUAAUCAACAUACAACUGUGGAACAAGGAACAAAAAGAACAUCAGGGGACAUAGCGCGUAUGCAAUUAUUUGAAAAAAUGCAGCAGACAAAUAUAUCAUCAAGAAGUUCUACUCAAGCAACGAUAACAACAAUAUUCAAUCAACCAUCUAUUCCGAAGCAUAUGGCCUAUCUCAGUGAACAAGGAUGGGCACUUCGAGUAAAACUAUUCGACGAAGGUGGUAUAUAUGGUACAAAAGUAUCAGCAGAAGAGGUUGUGAGACGAAUGAGAACAGAAAGAAAUUCACAUGGUUCCAAAAUCGUCACACCUGAUCAAUAUUUAACGGAAAAUCAGGUUAACAAUCAAUUCAAGCAAUUACACUCAAUAAACAAAAAAAGUAAAACUACAAUGCAAGUUGACAUCAAAGACUCAUCACCUGAUCGAGCGAAGCGAACUUUUACUCGUACAUCAACCAGGUCAAGAAAAGCUAUUUCAAAUGGCGAUAUCGUCGAUGAAAAUAAUGGUCAUGGAAAUAUACCAAUAAGAAGAAAGGCUAAACUUCCGGCUUCUCAUUCAAAAAAGCAUCGUUCGAUUCUCGAUAAUUUCGAUGAAGAUGACGAUAUGUUAUUAUCCGACAUCAAAAAUACGUUUCAGAAAAUGACACCGUUGGUUCAAAAACCACUAAUAGCACAUACAGAUAUCAGGGCAGAAAAUAAUGAUUAA